UAUGUCUGGUCUGACAAGCUUCCAAGACUUGGGGUUAAUUCUACGUCAUAUCAGUUUCCAAACUGUUUCUGUGUUUUUUAAAAAAAUUUCCCAUUUUCUUAAGGGAGUGUUUAAACUCGGAUUGAGGAAAUUCCUCGACAAUCUUGCAUUUUUAGCAUUUAUGCUAUGCUAAUUGAUAAUCAUUUGAAAGCAUGUAGUUUGAACUCGCAAUCAUGCUAACUAGACCCAGUAUCAGCAGACAUUUCCUAUGUGUGAACUAAUUAAACAUCUUAGUCGUCUUCAUCAUGGUCUAAAUCAAAGAAACUUCUUAUCAGGUCUUUCCUCUGCUCAUAUGUUGUCUUAGCCUUUAGUACAUAAGAGGAAGCACCUGCUAUUGUCAAGUCUGUUUAUGACAAAAGAAUAGUUGGAUGCCCUGGGGGAGAGGGAGAAGAUGAACAUGAUGUUGUUUGGUUUUGGCUGGAGAAAGGCAAACCACAUGAAUGCUCGGUGUGCUCGCAAUAUUUCAUGUUGGAAGUUGUUGGCUCCGGAGGCUGUCCAGAUGGCCACUGAGAUGAUAACCAUUUAAUCAAGCUUGCUACAUUUGUGGAGGAAUAAAAUCUGAUUACGUGAUGUGAUGGAAACUCACACUGAGGCAAAAACAAUUUUGUUUCUUUUUUGAAAAUAAGCGGCAAAACAAUUUUUGUCGGGUCUUUGGAUCCCUUUUUGCUUAUGAGAUUAGUCUCAGAUGUUUUUCAAGUUGGCGCAUUUCUUACUUUGAGACCUUGUUAUAAUCAAGUUCUGGCAGAUGAUUCUUUUUAUACUAUUCAUCGAUAGGCGAUGAUACUUAACAUUCUUAUAGCAAAUUACUUGCCUAUAACAUUUUUUAAUUGCAUGUUUUACCUCUUUCUGUAAGUGACAUGAAGAGAAAUCACAGAACAGUUGAGCACUUUGGGUUUAGUGUUGCAUUCGUUUGGAUCAUGUUGGAACUUGUUCAGCACGAAAUCAAAUUGGAAUGCAACAUUUAUUCCAUAAUCUAAAUUUCUUUGAUGGUUAAGAGUUACAGAGAAGAAGAACAAUUUUCAGAUUGUCAAAGAGAAUCCUUUAUGUUCUCUGACAGUAAUCAAUUGGGAAUUGACAUUCAGUGGUAUUUGGCAGUCUUCUAUGAACUGCCAAACCAUUUAUCCAAUAGUGAUUUAAUUUUGUUCUACUUGUUGGUGUCACUUAGUUAUUAUAAAUGUAUGAAUUUUAAAUUCUCUUCAAUAAGCAAAUAGGCUCGCCUAAUAUUUGGAUGUUUGUGAUUAGAGAGGACAAAAAAAAAUUUGACUGCCAUUUUUUUUGUUUUUUACUUCAUAAACUAUGAAAACAUCGAAAGAAUGUCCAAAUCAAGAAGGCCGAGGAUUUUCCCAAUGCAAUGGAACAUAGGAAGCAUCAACCGGAUUAAACUCAUCUGCUCUCUUCAAACAUGUCAGCUGCUCGACUUGCUGAAACCAUGAAUGCCUGCCUAUCUCAAGCUCUAUCAGACUCCCCUGAGCUUCAGCAGAAAGCUUUGGGAACCCUAGCUUCCAUGACCAAGGUCAGCCCCAAGAUCAGAGAUUUACUGGCAAAAACUGAUGGUGCCAUACCCGCGAUCUUCAAUCUCUCCAAGUCUUCCUGCUCUAUCAUCCAAGCUCUCACCUUGUCAGUUCUCUUCAACCUCUCCUUGAAUCCUGACCUGAAACGUUCUCUUGCAGACAUGGAAACCAUUGAUCUUCUCAACUCCAUAAUUCUCUCCCCAAGCUCCCCAGAAUCCAGCAAGUUAGCUUCCUCUUUGGUAUGCAGCCUGGCAAUGCUGGACAAGAACAAAGCCAAGUUUGGUGUGGCUGGUACUGUCCAACUACUGGUCCAUGCCGUUGCAGCUGUUCCUUGUGGUCCGGCUGCUCAUCACCUGCUCAGUUCUCUGGCUGAACUUGUCCAGUUCCAUGGCAAUUGCACCCUAGCCGUCCGGUCAGGAGCAGUCCCGGUUCUAAUCCAGCUGGUAACAAACUCCAAUACCGAAGAUCUUACUGGAACUUCACUGACUGUUCUUAGCCUUGUUGCUAGGUUUGGAGAAGGAUUGAAUGCUUUGAGAAAGAUUGAUGGGAUUGUGAAUUCAAUGGUGGAUGUUCUUAAAGGGACAUGCAUGCUGAGUAAGGAAGGUGCUGCCGAAGUUCUUCUUCGAUUGUUUGACGAAAGUGAGGGAUGCGUUAGAGAUGCUCUGAUGCUGCCGGAAUUCUCAAAUCUGCUAGCUGAUUUGUCGGUGAGAGGAUCAGGUAAAGCCCGGGACAAGGCAGUCGGUUGAUGAAAAAAAUGAUGGGAGCGAAUUGGGAUUUUAAUGCUGAUACGAUUCCAAACUCUUAUCUUCUG